UUCGAUUGGCUGUUGCGCACGUCACUGAACUAGGGCUCAGUUUAUUUACAGAGUGUGUGCUGAGGUCGAACGGUAUUCUGCUGUAGGGCUGCAACAACUGACAAUUGAGCACUUUACCCCCAUGAAACAAAGCGAGAACGGAAACAUCAAUUUAAAUAUACCUGAAACACAAGAUCACACUGAAGACACAUUAUGAGGCACGCAACUGCAGCAACAGAAACCAUGGAAAAUAAUUCAUUUACAGUAACAGACUUAUAUAAAAUAUGCACUCAUUGUGAACGGCUUAGCAAAAAGGACUUAGGAGUUAGUAUCCCAAGACCACUGGGAAAUGGACCAAGUAGAUUUAUCCCUGAAAAAGAGAUACUUCAAGUCAGUAAAGUAGAUCCGAGGGUGCAAUCGAUAUUUGAGGACGCAUUUGCUGCACUGGGUCGUCUUGACAACAUCUCCUUGGUGAUGGGCUUCCACCCACAGUACCUGGAGAGUUUCCUGAGAACACAGCACUACCUGCUGCAGAUGGAUGGGCCCUUAUCCCUGCACUACCGCCACUACAUAGGCAUCAUGGCUGCGGCCAGACACCAGUGCUCCUACCUGGUCAACCUCCACGUCAACGACUUCCUCCAGGUGGGAGGGGACCCCAAGUGGCUGAAUGGCCUGGACGGAGCCCCACAGAAGCUGCAGGCUCUUGGGGAGCUCAACAAGAUCCUGGCCCACCGGCCCUGGCUUCUUACCAAGGCACACAUUGAGCACCUGCUGAAGGCUGAAGAACACAGCUGGUCCCUGGCUGAGCUGAUCCAUGCUGUGGUGCUCCUCACACACUACCACUCCCUGGCAUCCUUUACCUUCGGCUGUGGCAUCACCCCUGAGAUCCACAGUGAUGGUGGGCACACCUUCAGACCUGUCUCCCUCAGCCAGUACUGUGUCUGCGACAUCGCCAAUGGCAAUGGGCACGGCAACGACCUGGAGGAAAGGAGAGGCAGCCAUCAGGUGUCUGGUGAGGUGGAGGUGUUGAUUGAGAGAAUGAAGCAGCUGCAGGAGUGUCGUGAUGAAGAGGAAGCCAGUCAGGAGGAGAUGGCCACACGCUUCGAGAGGGAGAAGACCGAGAGCAUGCUGGUGGCCACGGCAGAGGACGAGGAGUGUGUGCAGUCAAGAGACGUGUCCAGGCACUUUGAAGACCCCAGCUACGGCUACAAGGACUUUUCCAGGAGAGGAGAACAUGUACCCACCUUCAGAGUACAGGACUACAGUUGGGAGGACCACGGCUACUCCCUGGUGAACCGUCUGUACCCUGAUGUUGGUCAGCUGCUGGAUGAGAAGUUCCAGAUGGCCUACAACCUGACCUACAACACCAUGGCCAUGCACAAAGACGUGGACACCUCCAUGCUCCGCAGGGCUAUCUGGAACUACAUCCACUGCAUGUUCGGCAUCAGGUAUGAUGACUAUGACUAUGGGGAGAUUAACCAGCUGUUAGACCGCAGCUUUAAGGUCUACAUUAAGACCAUGGUGUGCAGCCCGGAGAAAACCACCAAACGAAUGUAUGAGAGCUUCUGGAGGCAGUUCCAGCACUCCGAGAAGGUCCAUGUAAAUCUGCUUCUUAUGGAAGCGCGCAUGCAGGCAGAACUGCUCUACGCUCUGAGAGCGAUCACCUGCUACAUGACAUGAAGUGCUUUUGGCGUUUAUCGUUGUAUUUUACUGUUGUUGUUGCUCUCGUUGGACACCUUUUAAAAUAAAAAACCAAGGGGGAAAACAGAAAAUAGGAAGGGACAGAAAGGAGCCCCGCUCGUCAUGAAGAAGCUCGUCCUUGUGAUGGAUGGAAAGUAGAAAGGUGAAUGGGACAAAAGAGAGAGAAUGGGGGGCAAAAGAAAUAACUGCAAAAAAUAAUAAUCUGAACCCAUUUGUGGAAAGAUGCGCUUUGUUGGUCCUCUUUGCCUGCAUUGCCAAAGCACACCAUGAGGGGGCAGCCUAGAGCAGACUCCCUCUGUCAGGAGUGUGUGGCCAACCUUCCAGUAUUCCAAUACAUCUCAGUGGACGAUGUCACUGAAAUCUCCUUAUAGUGUGAAAAACCCACAGCAAUUCUCCAGAAAUGAGAGCAGUACACCAGUCUACACUCAAUGUAAUCAUAGUUAUUUUUUUUGGGGGGGGGGGGGUUGUAUUAAGAUGUUAUUGCUGUAACUGGAGAUUAUGAAAUCAUUAUUUGGGCUGUGUGGUAAAGUGUGCCUGAUUUUUAUAUCAUACGGCAGUGUUCAGAGGUGCUGACUGAUACUGCUGCUUCUGUAAGCUCCGGUAAGCAUGGGGUCAUAUUGACCCCACCCCCUAACCAUCCUAAACUGUUUGUGUAAGCUAACCCAAGGAGUGUGUGAGAACGGAAAGGUGUUGGAAAAUUAAAAAAGAACACUGUUUGAGACCUAUUCAAUUUGACUGUAAGUAGGAGAGGCUCUCUGUGACAAGUAUGUGUGUGACUCCGUGUGUGUUUUAGAAAAAAUGUUGGGAUUUCAAGCGUUAAAAAAAAAAAAAAAAAAGGCGAGGCACUCUUUUUAUGUGGUCACUUUUAAAUUGAUCUGUUUUGUUUCUGAUAGAAGCUUUGUCAUGUAAGGAAAAAAGAUGAGCUAAAAAUGUUUUUUUUAAAAAACCAGGUCUUCUAGGGGAUUGGCUUCCGGUUGUCAUAAAGAUGCCGUCACCUGUCUGUCUUCCACAUUCACCCUUUGACCCUGGCCUGGUCAUCCUAACACCUUCAAAGCUUUGGAUUGUGAGUUUUAACAGUACAUACCUCUUCUGUUUUCUCUAUCACAUUAAGAAUGACUCUUUUUCUCUGGGUCGCUUGGCUUCCAUUCGUAAGGAGCCCGGGUUGGUUCUCAUUGGACCGACUGUGGUCGACGCAGUCGGUCAUAGCUGUGCUUGUUUCCUCUGUGGAAGCCUGACCAGUGCAAAAGCAGCUCUUAUUUUUUUAAGACGAUGACAGACCCUCCACUGUUUUUAUUUCUGUUGACUGAAAACAAGUAAAGUACUGCAUUCGUCUGAGGGUGGGUUGAGACAGUUGAUUAUUUGGAGGUGGUAGGAAGUUGGUUUCAUACUUCUGUCAGUUACUGACACUUUAAAGAAAUUAAAUAUAAUAAACUUAUUGUAUCAUUUUUCUAGUUCUCCCUAAAACUGUUUUUCCUGCAUCAAAAUGUUCACUCAUUACAUAACAUAGGUACAUGUUGAAUCAUUCAUGCAACAAACCCACCAAAUUGUAGUCACAGCACAUGUAUUAUCUGCAAGCUGAACAAUGGACAUCACAUUACUUGUCUGUAAUGUGCAAUGAGAUAAGAGGGGACAUUCCCUUUAGGAUCACCUUUGAGCUUUGUUCUGUUCACUUCUGUCCUCAGUGGAAAAACUCCCUGGCAUGACUUGCUAUAGACUGAAAUCUUUGGAUGUUCAGGGAUUUUUCCAUUAAGGACAGAGGGUGACUUGGUCCAUUCAAUCACCAGCAGUGUGUCUCUACUGAACUGCCUCUAUUUUUGACUGACUCAUUUCCCUAUGACAAUCUGAAAAAGGAUGAGACUAAACAAAUGAUGCUCUUAACACCUCCAUGAUCAGCCAGCUACCUGUUUCAUAUCAACCCAGACAGACAGGCAUCUAUCAUGUGGAGAACAAUGUUUGUCAUUGAAUAUGCCUGAUGAAAUGCUAUUGGGUUGUCUUGUGUGAUGUCACUGAACGCUUUAAUUUUGUAUAGUAGGACAAGGAAGAGGGGAACUGAGUUUGUUUUUUUAACAGAAGUGCCGUUUUUAGAUUUUUUUUUUAUUAAUGUGAUUUGAAAAUGCUGUCACUUUGCAGCAGCACUGCCUGGUCCAUAUUUGUGUAACAAUAAAGGCUUUGAGGAGAAUGUUUACAAUA